UCAGUUGGGAGGCUUUGAGCCAACCAAACUCUAGAGUUCAGAGAAACAAGAUAAUAUGGCUCUCAGAAUGUGGGCUUCUUCAACAGCCAAUUCACUUCGAAUCUCCUGUGGCGCCAAGGCCUCUCUCUCUCGAUGCUUUUCUUCUGUUUUGGAUGGAUUGAAAUAUGCCACCUCACAUGAAUGGGUGAAGCAUGAAGGUCCAGUGGCUACAAUUGGCAUCACUGAUCAUGCUCAGGAUCAUCUUGGAGAGGUGGUGUUUGUUGAGUUGCCGGAACCAGGAGGUAAAGUUUCUAAGGCUGGUAGCUUUGGUGCUGUAGAAAGUGUGAAAGCCACCAGUGACGUCAACUCUCCAAUUUCAGGCGAGAUCAUUGAGGUGAACUCGAAGCUCACUGAAGCACCUGGUUUGAUCAACUCAAACCCAUACGAAGAAGGAUGGAUGAUCAAAGUGAAACCCAGUAGUCCAUCAGAACUGGAUUCCUUGAUGGGUCCAAAGGAAUACACAAAAUUCUGUGAGGAAGAAGAUGCCUCCCACUAGAAUUUGAUUAUGUUUUCAGGUUGUUGGACUGACUAUUUCUGGGCCUUCUUAUAAUGAAAAAUAUAUCAGCCUCUUGAUACUGUUAAGAUUACUAUUUCUGAGAAUCUCCCUCUUGGAUAUUGGAGAACCAGCGAAAAAAUCCAUUCAACAGUGUAUGUCUUGUAUUUUCUGUUCUUCCUUUUUUUUUGUUGUUGUUAUAGUUGUGCAUCUUCAUGUAAUUAAAAACCAUUUCCUCCUUCCUAAA